AUGCUGAGACCCCCUGAGUGCCGUCUAUCCGUUGAGAGUUGCGCGUGCGAGAAGACGAAAGCAGUGUCGUUAUUCUCCGUUGAAUCUUCACACGGUUCAGACUGGCUCGUCAGAUCUCGAUCUGGUUCAUCUCCCAAACGACGCCCCAGCCCCGAGAGGAGCCGCCGCCGCCACCGGGGAACGAGAGGAGCCGCCGCCUGCAGUUGCGGAGGAGCGGAGCUGGCCGGGUUUGCGGGGGAAGCCGGCGCGGGCGAAGCCGGCAGGACGGGCUGCGGGGAAACCGGCAAGCCGGGCGGCGGGAGCCGGCGGCCAGGAAGCGGCAGAAGCCGGCCUGCGUGGGGUGGGAGCCGGUCGAGGCACGAGAGCCGCGCGGAGGCCGGCGCGAGGCUGGGGAGCCCGCAGCCGGAGCGGGGGCGCCCAGGCGGCACAGCGAGGCGGGACCGCGGGAGCAGCGCGGCACCGGGCGGAGCAGGCGGUGACGCAGCGCCGCGGGGGCGCGCACGCGGAGGUGCAGGUGCCCGCGCGCGCGGCGGAGCAGCGAGGGGCCGACGACCACCACAGUACCUUCAUAUCCUCUGCUGCAGCAGAUGCAGAUGGAGCACACCGUGGGAUAUCCCCAUCCACCACGGUCACUGCCGUCAAGGGCUUCUUCAUGGAUCUGGGACGCCAUGGACCUGCAGCUCCUCAAGGUUCUUGUACCCCAACCUCUCGGACCCCUUGAACGGGGAGGCGGCUUCGCUGAUGACGCGCGACAAGAAGGCAUACAACCAGAAAGUCCAAGGGCAGAGGGAUUUGGUCGAGGACCGCAGCGUCGGCGACCCAGGUACAAGCACGUGGCGGCGUGGCGGCAACUGGGAUGCACAUGAGGCUACUGUUCUUCUACCGGUUCACAGCGUCCAUGUGACACCGCCGAGCCCUUCAUUUGCGUCCUCCUGGGAGACCACCAUGCAGCACCAAGGUGAGAAUAUAGAUGAUAGGAGAAUGGGGGAAGAUAUAAAUGCCUUGAGUGAAUAAAUAAAUGGACGAUUCAUGGGGCUUCACUAAUGGAUAGCAUCACACUGUCGCCUGAAAUUGCUUUAGUGUAUACACCCAGGGUAUGUAUAUGGAACUAGCUACGUGAGUCAUGUACUCAUGUUUGAAAUAUAUUAUUUCCUGAUGAAGGUGUCAUGGCUUUGGCUGGACGUAAGAACAUGCUUGGAGGUGAUUGGUAAUUUAAGAUUAAUCUUUGUUGCAACAUAGCUUCUUGCCAGGAAUUAUCGGGACAUUUUUACCAAGUAAUUGAUUUUUUUUCUUUGAGCUGCAGUUUGUUAACCAACUAGAUGCACCAUUUUUGACAAAGAAGGCCCCUUACUGUCCAUUUUCUUUGCAUCCUCGUGCGGAUUUUUACACGCCCGUUUUCUGUAGCAGGCGCCUACAUGCUCAUGUUAGAGUUAAUGGAGGAUGAAGUGUGACCGUACUAUCUCCUUGUGUCUACAACGACGUGUGUCAGUACUGUCUCCUUGACCGGCUCCUUAGGCUCUCCCUGUGCGGUAGCGGCUCAAUCUCCGCGGUGCCGUCGAGGAGGGGCUGGGGCGGCCGUGUCUGGUGCGCUCUCGCUACUCAUCGACCUUGCUGUUACUACCUCAUCCUUGAAGCCAUGGGUGGCCUCUAAUUUUCCCUUUGGAGUGUUGAAUGCAAACUGCAAAAGUAGAGCUGGUUGGCUAGCUGUUGAUUUGAUCGGGGGAUAGCAUAUGAAGUGAGUAAACAGAAAGAAAGUGAGUAAACAGAAAGAAAGUGAGCAUCCAAGCAGGAACUGCAAAUGCUCUAUUUUAGUCAAAGCAUGGGAAUGUGCACAAGGGAAAGUCACCUCUUCAUCCGAGCAGGGGUGGCGAGGGAACAGAAAUGGUCGUGGUGAAAGUCGAUUUAGUGCAUCAAGGAUUGGAGGUUGUGAGAUUUUCAAGAGGUGAUGAAGCACAAUUUGUUAUCGUGCCUUAUAACAUAUAUAGCAGUCGAUGAUGAGUACAAGCAUAAGAUGGUUGGCAAUCUUUAGAGCAUGAGACAUACCUUUGCAGUCUGUAAGAGGAUCAAAUAACAUGUUUUGUUGACAAGGAUGAUUUUGGAAUUUCUAUAUAACAUGCAUGUACAAUAUGUUAACGAAGCUACAUGAAUGCUCGAUGCUCUGUUCAAGACUUCUCGAGUAGAAGUGUGUAUCAGUUUAUCAUUUUCAUCUUCCUAAAUAAAACCAUCGAUGUUUAACA